CCGUGCCCUGACUGUCCCCAUCCCGCCCAGAUGCCAGUGAGCCUCUCCACGGCCCUGCGAGUAGUCGGGACCAGCCUCUUCGCCUUGGCGGUGCUGGGGGGCAUCCUGGCCGCCUACGUCACGGGGUACCAGUUCAUCCACACGGAGAAGCACUACCUCUCCUUCGGGCUCUACGGGGCCAUCCUGGGGCUGCACCUCUUCAUCCAGAGCCUCUUCGCCUUCCUGGAGCACCGGCGCAUGCGGGGCGAGGGGCGGCCGGUGCGGCUGGGGCGCUCGGUGGCCCUCUGCAUCGCCGCCUACCAGGAGGACCCCGACUACCUGAAGAAGUGCCUGCGCUCCGUCAAGCGCAUCGCCUUCCCCGACCUCAAAGUGGUGAUGGUGGUGGACGGCAACGGCCCCGACGACACCUACAUGCUGGACAUCUUCCACGACGUGAUGGGCUCCGAGCGGGCGGGCAGCUACGUCUGGAGGAGCAACUUCCACACGUGGGGCGAGGGCGAGACGGAGGCCGGGCUGCGGGAAGGGCUGGCCCGCGUCCAGGCGCUGGUGCGCGGCACCACCUACUCCUGCAUCCUGCAGAAGUGGGGCGGGAAGCGCGAGGUGAUGUACACGGCCUUCCGGGCGCUCGGAGACUCCGUGGACUACAUCCAGGUGUGUGACUCAGACACGGUGCUGGACCCCGCCUGCACCGCCGAGAUGCUCCGCAUCCUGGAGGCAGACCCCCGCGUCGGCGGCGUCGGCGGCGACGUCCAGAUCCUGAACAAGUACGACUCGUGGAUCUCCUUCCUGAGCAGCGUGCGGUACUGGAUGGCCUUCAACGUGGAGCGCGCCUGCCAGUCCUACUUCGGCUGCGUGCAGUGCAUCAGCGGGCCCCUGGGCAUGUACCGCAACGCCCUGCUGCAGCAGUUCCUGGAGGACUGGUACCACCAGACCUUCCUGGGCAGCAAGUGCAGCUUCGGGGACGACCGGCACCUCACGAACCGCGUGCUCAGCCUGGGCUACCAGACCAAGUACACGGCCCGCUCCAAGUGCCUGACGGAGACGCCCACCCGCUACCUGCGCUGGCUCAACCAGCAGACCCGCUGGAGCAAGUCCUACUUCCGCGAGUGGCUCUACAACGCGCUGUGGUUCCACAAGCACCACCUCUGGAUGACCUACGAGUCGGUGGUGACCGGCUUCUUCCCCUUCUUCCUCAUCGCCACCGUCAUCCAGCUCUUCUACCGCGGCCGCAUCUGGAACAUCCUCCUCUUCCUGCUGACGGUGCAGCUGGUGGGCAUCAUCAAGGCCACCUACGCCUGCUUCCUGCGGGGCAGCGCCGAGAUGAUCUUCAUGUCCCUCUACGCCCUGCUCUACAUGUCCAGCCUGCUGCCCGCCAAGAUGUUCGCCAUCGCCACCAUCAACAAGUCGGGCUGGGGCACGUCGGGGCGCCGCACCAUCGUGGUCAACUUCGUGGGGCUGCUGCCGGUGUCGGUGUGGGUGGCCGUGCUGCUGGGCGGGCUGGCCUACACCGCCUACAGCCAGGACCUGCUCAGCGAGACCGAGGUGGCCUUCCUCGUCUCGGGAGCCAUCCUCUACGCCUGCUACUGGGUGGCCCUGCUCACGCUCUACCUGGCCAUCGUCGCCCGGCGCUGCGGCAAGCGGCAGGAGCAGUGCGGGCUGGCCUUCGCCGAGGUGUGA